AUGGUGGUAUAUUCUUGUGAAGAAACUGUGGAAGAAAUGGUGCAGCAAGAUCUUAUGGGCAGACAGAUCCUAAAUGCAGCUCUAAUAGCUAGUGAAUGUGUAGAUUCACGGAUUAAAGGUGAAACCCCAGGAAUCAUGUGUAAGCUUGAUAUUGAGAAAGCCUAUGAUUAUGUGAACUGGGAUUUCCUUAUUAAUAUCUUGAGACAAAUGGGGUUUGGAGAGAAAUGGCUGAAGUGGAUAGGAUUUUGCAUUAAAACUGUCAGGUUCUCUAUAUUGAUUAAUGGAGAACCUGCUGGUUUUUUUUCCCUCAGAAAGGGGGUUGAGGCAGGGUGA